CAGAAGUCAUGUUGAAGAAUACAAUGGUGUUCCUCACUGGCGGGCAGUCCGACAACUUAUGACAGUGGAGCGAAUACGUGAGCUUGGUCAGGACGAAGGCGGCGUACACGGGCUUUGGGGAGGCUCAAGUACCUGAGAGGGUACGUUUUAUUAAACAGAGCCAGGGUCGAUAUGUAAGUGCAACCACAGGUGCGUGUUAUUGGGCAGAAUCAUGCCCAUUCACGGGAACUAAGUCGCAGGUGCGGCAGCAGAUGCGAGCGCAUAACCCUAGAAAGCGCAAGGCUGUAUUGCGCCGGAUGGGAUGCGCGUUAAAAGAGGUACACGGGCUGUUCUCCCCGAAGAUCCCGAACCUGGAAAAUGGGAUUGUUCUGCCUUCAGAGGCGUUGGAGGAGCUAUAUAGUCCUGAGAUCACCGAGUGCGAUGUUCGGGCGGACAAGGCAAUCGAGUUCGUUUGCUCGGGAUUGCGGGGCAAGAUCCCCAUAAGCCGUCCGCAAAUAAUUGCACAGAAGGAGAACUUGGCUCAGAUGGUUGCGCAAGGUAUCAUCGAAAAGAAGGGUAACGGUAAGGGCCUGCGAGUUUCGAAGACAACCAUGGCACGUAAGGAUCUGCAUAAGAAGCUCCAGUCAAAGGAUUACUGA